CCGCCGUCACUAGAUCCUGGCUGAGUUUCGCUGCAACAAACACUGUGGUUCAUACAACAGACAGUCUUAACAGCAGAGCAAACCACACGACCGCCUACAAUACAGGAAGGAGUGCAGCUGCCAGCACAGAACCAAAUCCUGUUUAUUUUACCGAUGUGACAACAGAGACAGCUGCUGUCAGGAGCUGAACUACAGGUCGGCGCAGUUGGUGGAUGUAUAGGCCUAUAGCUGGACAUGGAUUAUUGGUGCCCGUCUUCACCGCUUUGGAUUUAGUUGAGACACAGCACAACCUGCGCCUCCAUCCGUCUGCUCCAAGUGAGGGCGCCAAGAACAGGUGGAUCCUGUUUCUGUGUUCAGCUUAAUAACCCUACACCCACCUUACACCUUUAUGGGGAACCAGGUGGAGAAACUAACGCAUUUAAAUUACGCAGAGGUGCCAACGUCGGACCCAAAUGGGUUCGACCCGGACGACGACGGACCGCGCAUAGGCGUCUCUUACAUUUUCUCCAACGACGACGACGACGAGCAGGACGACAAUUUGGACCACUUUUCAUCGGAGAACCGCCGGGUGAACCACGAAGAGAAGCCCUUCGACCCCCAGGACGAGCUGGAGUGCUCGAUUUACUACCGAGAGGAGUGCGUCUAUGAGAGGAGCACCGGAGCCGCGACGCACUCUGCGGAAAGUCUCCUGAACAAGUGCAGACCGGGAGACCUGCUGGAGUUUGUGGCCACUGGACAGUAUCCACACUGGGCUGUUUACGUCGGGGACUUCCAGGUGGUUCAUUUGCAUCGGGCAGAGAUUAAAAACAACUUUCUCACCGAUGUCAGCCAGGGCAAAAAAGGCAGGAUAGUGAACGGCCUCUACAGGUACCGUGCGCUCCCGCCGGACGUGAUUGUGCGCAACGCCCUGGACAACGUCGGGUUGAGAGACAGAGCGCUGUUCUGGAGAAACUCGGAGUGUUUUGCCGCCUGGUGCCGCUUUGGCAAACGGGAAUUCAAAAUAGGAGUGGAGAUCAGGAUUGGGAAGCAGCCGUACAGGUUAAAAUUACUCUUUUCAGAAAAGAAGAAUCAUGUCCUGGAGUUUCAGAGCCUGGAGGACGUGAUCAUGGAAAAGAGGAGAAAUGAUCAGAUUGGCAAAGAUGCUGUUCUGCAAGAGCUGGCCAACCACCUGAACACAACUAAUGAAAUCAAAGAGGAUCAUUUUGUCAAGUAAUAGUGGAUGCUGUGGUCAUCUGGUCAGAAUUUGAGCCAUUGAAUUCAGGAGAUGCUCAGUGGCUCAUGCACAGUUUUCCUGCUGAAAAACCGAGCAUGUGUGGUGGUGAGGGAGCAUUUAUGCCCCCAGUCAACCAGUGAAGAGCUUUGUCUGUGUGCUUGGGUUCAUGUGCCACCCUGCAAACAAAAAUCUUGAGAGGGGGCUUAAAAUUAAUCAGAAAUCUGCUAUUUCUUCAAACUGAGAGGAAAAUCCCAUGUAAGUUGGCUGACAUCUGGGGUGACACUUGACUUUCACUCUCAAGUGCAUCAGCAAAGCAGAUCACAAGGGUCAAAACAAAAUUCCCUCAAGUAAAUUUACACUGAAAUCAAGUGAAAAUGGAACACCCUGCCCCCCUCUUCUCAGAAAAAUGAAAUUAUAUGCACUCAACCCAAGAUUAAGUGACUUGUUAUGAUGGAUACAUUUACAUCAAAGCUGCACCCGCAGUCUAAUCAUUUGGGGAUGAAGUCAGAAUUUAAUUGCCCAUAAUUAUCUUUCUAAUCCAAUGAAUCUUUGCACAGAGGAGCAAAACCUCUCCAAUGUACUUCCACCUGACGAGAGCGCUGAAAGCACUUGCUCCUGUACAACUCAGGUGUUGGAGACCAAUACAGAGCGGAAGAGACUGCUUUUAUUAUUGUGUGUCAAAGUUGAGGAUACCUGUCUGUUGCUUUAUAUCAAAUCAUCACAGCUUUACCCACUCUUUGACUACUUUAUGGACACUGCUCACAGCUAUGACUGUGCAAUUUUAUUGAUUCAUCAGUUAAAACAGUUUAUUU